CUUGAGAUCUUCCAUUCUUCCGUAAGUUCUACGAAAACCUAGAAAGUCGUCGCUCCCAGCUCAAAUUAACCAAAUUUGCCUCCAUUUCUGCAAUUAAUGUCACAUCUAAAAACUAUAGAUAUAUAAAUCUCCGAAUAAUAUUCUGAGAUAAUUGAUUGCGGUAUAGUAAAUAUAUUAGAAAUGGAGAAUCGGGAGCAGGAAGAAGAUGCUUACGGAGGAAAGAUAGGGGAAGAAGAGUAUAUGGAUGCAGACGUGGACAUGUCAGCUGCCCCGGUCACAGAAGAAAAUAAUUCUAAAGAUUUGGAGAAUAUGAAGAAGAGGCUGAAGGAGAUUGAGGAGGAAUCAGGCGCCCUUCGUGAAAUGCAAGCUAAAGUUGAGAAAGAAAUGGGUGGUGCCCAAGAUUCAGCGACUGCUUCUGCCAGCCAGGCUGAAAAGGAAGAGGUGGAUUCCCGCUCCAUCUAUGUUGGUAAUGUGGACUAUGCCUGUACUCCAGAGGAAGUGCAACAGCAUUUUCAGUCUUGUGGAACAGUGAACCGUGUGACUAUCUUAACCGAUAAAUUUGGUCAACCUAAAGGAUAUGCUUAUGUGGAAUUUGUGGAAGUUGAAGCGAUUCAAAAUGCAUUGUUGCUUAAUGAAUCAGAGCUACAUGGGCGCCAACUAAAGGUGUCAGCCAAGCGAACCAAUGUUCCUGGUAUGAAGCAGUAUCGAGCUAGAGGCUUCAAUCCUUAUUUAGGGUUCCGACCCCGUAGGCCAUAUAUGCCUGGGGCUGUAGCCUUCCCCCCUUUUGCUCUUGGGAGAGCUCCAAGGUUCAGACGUGGUCCAAUACGCUACCGGCCAUACUAAUGAUUUUAUUGCUCAUUGCAUUCUACCAAUUCCCUCAAGGAGUUGUGACCUGUACGAAUGACUCUUUUUCACAUACCAUACCACACUACCAUUAGUCUGUGAGAGUUAAUAUAUGAUCGGAAUUCGGAACUGUUUGGUUCACUCCAUUUCAUGAUGCAGUGUGUUGAGUUUAUCUUUCCCUCUUAUAUGAUACCUAGAGGGGUGCUGACUUGUAUCAUUUAUGUACGGAGAAAGAAAUCGUUUUUAUAAAAGUUUAGUGGUACAUGAACUUUAUAAAAGAUUGAAUUUUAAUGUGCAAUUAGGUUGCGUUGCUGGGGCAAGUUCAAGUUCUUGUACUAUGCAUUUAAAUUGAUCAAAAUAAGUGGGAACUUCUCUGUCUUUCCGUUUUAAUCAGCAUCACAUUUUUAUUGUUCUUAAAGAAGUAGGUAUUCUAAUUUCAG